AUGGCUGAAGAUACCAACUUUGGGCCUCAUCACUCUGGCCUGUUUGACUUUACUAUCCUAUUUGAGCAGAGCAUAUUAUCUUUGUUGCCUACUUGCGUUUUUAUACUUCUCGUGCCUUUGCGAGUUUCGAUUCUCUGGAAAUAUGAAAGAGUUACAAAACCUGGGAUUCUUCUGUGGUCCAAACUGGCCGCUAUCGGAAGCUAUGCCUGCCUCCAAGCAGCUCUUGUAGCGCUGUGGAGCAUCGACUCUCGAUCGAUUAAAACAUCUAUAGCGGAAUCCGUCCUUGGACUUGUCGAAUCGCUCGCUCUUGCGGCCCUGUCGUAUAUGGAACACCGAAACUCUGCCAAGCCAUCUGCGUUGAUCAGUCUCUACCUGAUCCUCACAAUCAUCCUCGACCUCGCCCUUACAAGAACACUAUGGAUACGUUCAGGGAUGCAAGCUCUUGCCUCAAUCUUUACUGUGUCCCUCGUCCUCAAGACAGUUCUCCUUGUCCUGGAAGAGACCCCUAAACGCUUGAACACUGGUGAAAAGGGGCCUGUCAGGGAGACGUCGGUCGGAGUGGUUAACCGAAGUUUCUUUUGGUGGCUCAAUCACCUGUUUGUCGAGGGGUUUCGUGGCCUGAUCGACCUGGGUAGCUUGGGUGUACUUAAUGAAAAGUUCAACACCCAUGAUCUAUCGGAACGCAUUGAGGAAAGAUGGAAGAAAGAUCCCAAGACGAGCCCGUUCUGCCUACUCAAAUGCACUUUUAUGGCCUAUAAGUGGCAGUUCUUUGCCGGCAUCCCACCUCGACUCCUUCACAGCGGCUUCAACUUUGCCCAACCCUUUCUGAUCCAGGCCAUUGUCAUCUUUGUCAGCAUGGAAGAGAUGUCUGUACAGAUUGCAGGCGGAUUGAUAGGGGCCACAGUCCUUGUCUACCUCGGGCUUGCCAUUUCUGGUGCUUGGCAUAAGUACAUGUCGAACCAACUGGUCAUCAUGUAUAGGGGUGGACUUGUGUCUUUGAUCUUUCAAAAGACUUUGAAGUUGAGGACAACGUCUAUCAAAGAUUCUGCACCCGUCACUCUCAUGACGACAGAUGUCGAUGUUAUCGUUGCUGCGGGAGCUUCGAUCCAUGACAUGUGGGCGAAUCUUAUUGAGCUGCCGAUUGGGAUUUAUCUUUUGCAUCGCCAAGUUGGAUCGCCUAGCUUAUUGGUGUUGGUCCCAACAGUUAUCACUACAAUUCUGAGCGGAAUCAUCUCGCCAGCCAUGGACCCGGCCACUGUGAAAUGGAACGCUGCCGUCCAGAAGCGUGUUGGAGAAACGUCAAGCAUGCUCAGCCACAUGAAAGGAAUCAAGAUGAUGGGUCUCACCGACUUCUUCCAUGGACUGGUCCAGAGCCUUAGAGUUCACGAGCUCAAGGUUUCGGCCAGAGUUCGAUGGCUUCUUGUACAUUUUGUUACUCUUGCCGCCAUUUCUGCCCAAAUCACGCCCGUCGUGGUCAUUCUUUCUGCCAUUUACUGGACCAAGGCCGACGAGGGUCUCAGCGUUGCAGAGGCUUUUACUUCUCUGUCUCUCAUUUCACUUGUAACGCAGCCCCUUGUCGCAAUCCUCGUAUCUCUGAUGCAGAUCGCUGGCGUCUUUGGAGGCUGCGGACGGAUACAGGCAUUCUUGCAGCUCGAAGAGCAAAAAGAUGGUCGUUCAAGCCUGGAACCCUCGUCUUCGGUCGAAGGGCGUCAUUCAACUGCUGAGAAGAUCCUGAAUUCCUCACAGAAGGAGGAUCAGAUCCCCGCUCCCCAGGAGCCCCAGGUCGUGUCCAUUCAAGAGGCGACAUUCCAAACCCACGAUGAGGUGACCCUUCUCAAGCAUAUCAACCUGAACGUGUUGCAAGGGACACUUAACAUGAUUGUCGGUCGAGUAGGAUGUGGCAAGUCAUCGUUGCUCAAAGCAAUCGUGGGUGAGCUCGUUCCGACCACGGGGCACGUCAGGGCAGAAAACUCUGUGGGUUACUGCGAUCAGAUUCCAUGGCUACGAAACAUCACAAUCGAGAACAACAUCAUCGGACAGUCGCCUUUUGAUGAGAAAUGGUUUGAUACUGUUCUUCGCUCAUGUGCCUUGGACGAAGACAUGCAUCAACUGCCUGAAGGUUAUGAAACCAUCGUUGGCUCAGGGGGAAUAGCGCUUAGUGGGGGUCAAAAACAGCGAGUGGCCCUCGCUCGAGCUGUAUACUCACAAAAGCGGCUUAUUGUCCUGGACGACGUCUUUAGCAGCCUCGACAACUCUACCUCUGAGAAAGUCUUUCAACGUCUGCUUGGGGCAAACGGUCUUUUGCGGAGAAACAAGACAACUGUGAUUUUGACAACAAGCAAAGUUCAUUUUCUGCCUUCUGCCGAUUACAUUACCAUGCUUGAGGAUGGAUCCAUCACUCGUAACCAGGAGCCUUACGACAAACUUGAAACUCUAGCCAAGGUAGUUCUGGAUGACGAUGAGCAGAACCAGGGAGACAAAAAGCCCCCUCGACCCAGUGACAAACCCUCAGCCAAGAAGGAGGUUGACCUGGCCCGUCAAACCGGAGACACAGCCUGCUAUAAGAUUUACCUCCGCUCUAUGGGCUGGAAGAUCAUCACCAUCGUGUUCCCUUUGGCUGUGGUCAGCACCGUUCUGGAGGUCAUGCCUCAAAUCUGGCUACGAUUGUGGACUGAAAGGGCCGACGGAUCAAAGGACGCCCGGUACGCUGGUGGCUAUGUCGGUUUUACUCUGGCUUCCAUGCUUCUAGGAACCUUCAAUCUUGGCUACUUUCUCAUCAUGGCCGUUCCCAAGUCAUCCAACCGUCUGCAUGAGCAGCUGUUGACGUCGGUCACUCGGGCUCCAUUGUACUUCUUCACCACCACGGAAAGUGGAAGCAUCUUGAACCGAUUUAGCCAGGAUAUGACAUUGAUCGACGGAACUCUGCCAUUGGCGUUCUACUUGACUCUGGACUUGACCCUGCGAGGGAUUGUCCAGACCGGAGUCGUUGCAUCUGGUGCCACUUACUUUGGAGCAUUUCUCCCACUAUCCUUCCUUGCCCUUUACCUCAUUCAAAAGUACUACCUCCGUACUUCCCGUCAAAUGCGUCUUCUAGAUCUCGAGGCAAAGACACCGCUCUACACACACUUUACUGAGAUGAUUGCCGGAUUGUCCACUCUCCGUUCAUUUGGAUGGUCUAGAGCUUUCUUGGACGAGGGCUACCAACUUCUCAGCGAUUCUCAAAGCCCAUUUUACAUGAUGUUUUGCAUCCAACGCUGGCUUGAACUUGUUCUAGACUUGUUCGUCGCCGGCAUGGCGGUGGUGCUUGUCUCGCUUGCUCUUCGUAUUCAAGGGGCCACAACUCAGGGAGCUAUUGGUCUGGCCAUGGUCAAUAUUCUUGGUUUCAAUCAAACCUUGACGACUGUUAUUGAUCAAUGGACACAACUGGAAACAUCUUUGGGUGCGAUUGCAAGACUCAAGUCGUUUAUUAGUAGUACUCCUGAUGAAAACAAACCGGCAGAAAAGGAGGCUCCUACGGAUUGGCCUACGGAGGGUGGGAUCGAAAUCGACAACAUUACAGCGGCUUAUAGUGAUAACUCUCAACCUGUGCUCAACGGCGUGUCGCUUGUCAUCAAGCCUGGACAAAAAGUCUGCAUUUGUGGACGAUCAGGAAGUGGAAAAUCGUCUCUUGUGCUUUCCAUCCUCCGACUUCUCGAACUGCCUUCAGGAUCUAUACGCGUCGAUGGAAAAGACCUUGCGACAAUCCCCCGACAGCAUAUUCGUUCACACAUGACAACGGUUCCACAAGAUCCCGUCAGCCUUUCUGGCACUGUGAGACAUAACCUGGAUCCAGAGGAGCUUGUCCAAGCCGAUGAGAUUCUCAUCCAAGCACUACAAAAGACUACACUCUGGGAAGCUAUUGAAUCUCGUGGAGGACUUGAUGCUGAGCUGAGUGAGUUAGGAUUUUCUGUUGGUCAGCGUCAACUGUUUUGUUUGGCGCGUGCCUUACUUUCACGAUCAAAGGUUCUUCUUCUCGACGAGCCAACAAGCAGUGUUGAUAACGCGACGAAUGAUGACAUCAGGAAGAUCCUCAAAGAGGCCAUGGAUGGUCGGACAGUUGUCGAGGUCGCUCAUCGCCUUGAUCACGUCACUGACUUUGACGUUGUGGUGGUCAUGGGUGAGGGCAAGAUAUUAGAAGUCGGUGAUCCUCAAGAGUUGUUGAAAGAGGAUUCUGCUCUCAAGACAUUAAAGCAGCAGGGGCAGUGA